AUUUGUCAUCACUGUUUCACGUAUUCACUUUGCAUUCGGUUGCCAAGAAAUUCGUAAUUUUCUUAAAAAUCGUUUCAAGUUCAGGUUCAAGAUUUUCAAAACGUUUGAUAAGAAUAUGAUUGGAAUUUGGGUUUUGAUAUUCGGUUUAUGUUCCAUUACGUUGGUCAAGGGGCCACGUACCGGUACUCCUGGGGGUGAAAGUGAUAGCAGUGACGACGACACUGAUUCGCUAUUCGACGAUAAGGAGAAGGAUGAGAAGGAGAAGGUCCAUGACGAUGUUGAAGUUAAAGAGGCACCUGAAGAAGACAGUGUCGAUGACGAAAAUGAACAGAACGAGGUUAAUCCUGAAAAAGAAAAAAAUCUCGUUGAAGAUGAGGAAUUCAAGAAAUCCCUCGACGCCAUUGGUGACGACUUCGAUGAUACAGACAUAGGCUCAUAGGAAGAUAUUUAAAUACGACGAAGUACCUACCUACCCAUUUAUUCUGUGCAUUCAGAAAGUGAUGCCAACGUUUACAGCACAUACUCGUAUAGUGAAUUUCCUUUAUGUUAAUAAGUAAUUUAAAUUAAGUUAGGUGUAAUUUUUUUGGAAUAUUAGGUUUAGAUUACAUGGAUAGGUACCUACCAAUUUAAGUAUAAGUUCUUGUUUACUGAUGAAACAUUAGAUUACAAUCGAUUAUUUGACA